AUGGCCACAAACCUUGUCAUCGGCAGCACCGGUCUGGUCGGAUCGCACAUUCUUUCCACCCUACUCACCGACAGCACCGUCAGCGCGGUGCACACGAUCUCGCGACGGGCGCCCAAAUCCACAGGCUCAACCUUGCACGCAACCGUCGAGGCCGAUUCGACGCAGUGGGCGGCCAAACUCUCCGCCAUCCAGCCAACCCCCUCCACCACCUUCUCCGCACUAGGCACCACACGCCAGCAGGCCGGUGGCAUCGCCAACCAGUGGAAGAUCGAUCAUGAUCUCAACAUCGAGCUCGCGCGCGCCGCCAAAACCGCCGGCGUGCGCAAUUUUGUCUUUGUCUCCAGCGCCGGCACACGCGGCCUGCUAGGCGGCCGGUUGCCCUACGGACAGAUGAAGCAGGGCGUGGAGGACACAGUCAAGGAGCUCGGGUUUGAGACGGCUAUUGUCUUGCGACCGGGGAUGAUUCUGGGCGAGCGGGAGGUGCCGCAUCAGGGCGGGCCACUCCUCACGGGAUCAGUGAAGGCGCUCGGCCGGUGGUUCGGUAUCGGCGUACAGGACAGUUUAGGGCAGGAGGCCGAGGUGAUUGCACGCGCUGCGGUACACGCGGCGAAGAUCGCGGAGGAGGGCAAGGCACCGGAGAAGUACUGGGUGCUGGAGCAACGCGAUAUUGUGAGGUUGGGCAGGACCGAGUGGAAGAGUUAG